AUGAAACUACAAGGCUCAGCGACUCCGGCGUGGUUCCACGAUCCGGGCGGCUGGACGAGGUCUUACCGGGUCAGAGGCGGUCCGUUUCGGGGGCGACGUCGUGGCGUAAGACGCCCAUUGAGUGUGUCCAGCUACCGACACCAUCGUUUUUUUCAUACAAACCCGGCCGGCUGGUCUCGGCCAAUGGACGCCCGAUUUGACAGUCUCGCCUCACUCCCAUCGGGACACCCGACAUGUCGUCUCGUGAUGAGACACAUAAAUAAAAAAAAAACAAACACACACACACAAGACCAGGAGGCACAUAAAGUGGCGUGGUUGGCUUGGCCGGCUUCGAUUGGCUCUCGCGAACCGCCGGUUCUUGGACGAUGCCGCGAUGAGCCGAUCCGUGAGGCGACUUCAGUCGAGGUUACCGCCAUGAUCCCGAAGAAGGCGUCCGAUUGGUGCAGACAAGAUCUCGGUUCGAGAUCGGGUCCCUACAAUUCAGAUAUACUGCUAAACGGAGGCACUUGA